AUGAAACAGCUCAAGGCCAAGCUUACCAGUAGCAGCACAACUAAGCAGCUGUCGAAGAGGCAGAAGCAGCUCAGCGGCAAGAAGGCUGCUGCCUUGAAUGAGCCUCUUACCAACCUCUUCGGCUGCUUGAACGUGGGGGAGCCGAGCGAGUUACUUUCAGCCAGCCUUCCAGUCCACACGAGCGCUGCCUCAAACCCGAAGUACAGCUUCAAGCUUGAGACCGAGAAUCACGACGGCCCGUUUGCUAUCUGGUGUCAUCUCAAGGAUCUCUAUGAUUUUCGCCAAAAUGUUCGCCAGGCGUGGAUUGAUCACAAACGAGGCGAUAUCAGCUUCCUUGCCGCAAGCUCGCUGACUGAUACCGCAUUCGGUCUGCUUCGACGGGCUGAUCAUGUUGUCAUCGAUGAAUUUGCACAAGGGCUUGCCGACGCUCAUCAAUACGCCCGCGAGCCUAUUUGGCUAGUCCUAGCUUGUCAAAUCUAUCUUGAUGCGUACGAUGUGCUGCAGACCGGUGUCGAAGAAGGAGCAGGUGUUCUGCAGAAGUGCCGGAACCAUGUCCGCCAGACGAAAGAGGACGUAGAUGUGCUCUUGACCGACUUGGUGUGUCCAGAGGCCAACAUCCGUCAAGCUUACACGGACCUGCACUCUCUCGCAUCCGGUACGAGUCGGGUCGAGUGUGCACACCCCAAGAAAACCACCGGUGCGUCGCCGAAGAUGCUUCUGGCAAAGAAUCGUGCGUAUCUGGAGAGUGGUAUCCCACCAUCCGGCAUGGAACAAUUCCUCCCUGGUCACGCCGGAGCCCUGCUGGCAGAUGCCAAGAUCGGCCUGCACUACAUCGGUUGCCGGAUUGCCAACCACGGCCUCUACAUCCUCUGCAUGGCUCACUUGUACAAGUCACUCCGUAGCCGAGGCUUGUUGAAGAAUGAUUGGUACGAUAUGGAUUUCGUGCUCGCUGGGUAUGGCCAGAAGGAUGCCUCGGUACCAAAAGCGGAUGCCGAGUACCACCCACAGUCGGCAAACCGUCACUUCCUGCUGGCACCGGGCAUGCCUGUAUCACACUUUGCAGCCAAUCGUCGCCAUCAGGGCUCAGAGCAAUCGCCACAACUGAAGAAGGCUCGCCAAAACCAGGUGACCUCGCAGUAUCUCAAAUCAUUAAGCACCGAUGACGAGAACCGCAACGGCACUUGGCAAGAGCAUGGCUCAGUUUGGUCCAAAGUGGCGACCGUGGAGCGGGUGCUACAUGCUAUGAGCACGAUCAACACCAAGGGCGUCAACCACGGCCGCGCAGGAGGUGGUGGCAUGCAGGUCUCAUUCACACCUGUUCAACUCCUGCAGACCUACCGCAAGUCCACACUGGCAGACGAAUCACAGCUCAACUUCGACUACAUCUACUUCACCUUAGCAUGUCGCAAGUCAUUGCACGAGAUGGUCCGUACUAUGGGCGAGCGUCUCAACAUGCCGCCGCCUUAA